AGUGCCUCUCGGUAUGCUCCUCAGGGCCUUCACGACGGUCCUCUCUCUGUCCCCUGACGCUGGCGCUCAGUUUUGCUGAGCUGUCAUGCGCUGAUGCAAAUGGGGCUGAGAGAUGACCGGGCUGAGAUAAACGGGGGAGGGGGAGAACAAGCCGGAACAACACGGAGAGUUUCGCGAGGGGAAAGGAGGACCGAGGGGCAGCGCGCGCCAAGAAAGAUUCCAGAAAAGGCUAAAGGAGUCGCAGAGAGAGCGGGGGGAAUCCUAAUAGAGCAUCUGAUGUGAGGGCGAGGAGGAAGGGCACAGAAGGAGAGGAGACUCCGGCGAGGUACGGACUGCAGUGCUGCGACGGACUCUGCGGCGGAUGCGAACACCAGAGCGGUGGGGGACGGUCCUCCAGUCCUCAGCGCGGUCACCGAGAGCCCGGCUGCGCGCUGUGCUCGCGACCCCAUGGAUUCCCAACUCCUGCUCAAUUGGAUGAAGCGCUAUUGCCCUUGUUUUAGCGCGCUCAGGAGCCUGGACUGGAAUAAAAGUGAUGAGAGGCUGCUGCAGGCCGUGGAGCAGAACGACCCCGACAAGGUUGCCGCCCUGCUGGUGAAGAAGGGGCUCUGCCCCUCCAAGCUAGAUCCCGAUGGAAAAUCUGCGUUCCACAUCAGUGCAUCGAAGGGGCGUAUGGACUGUCUCGAUGUCUUCCUGUCACAUGGCGUAGAUGUCAGCAGCCCGGAUGGGAGCGGACUGAGUGCUCUGCACCUCGCAGCUAAAAACGGCCACGCCGCGUGUUUGAGGAGACUGCUGCGGGAGGGGAUCCCCGUGGAUUUAAUCGACGGCUUUGGCAGGACAGCCCUUCAUCACGCAGUGGUUCAUGGAUACUUUGCUUGUGUAGAGAUGCUGGGGAAUUUCAAGGCGUGUGUAAAUGCUCAAGAUGCGGAUGGGGUGACACCACUCCUCCUAGCAGCCCAAAUGGGGCGCCCAGAGCUGUGUGUCUUCUUGUUAGACCAAGGCGCUAAUGUCAACCAGCCAGACAGCCAGGGGAGAUCAGCCCUGAUGCUGGCGUAUAAGAAUGGCAAUUUGGAGACAAUUGAUGCAUUGCUGAGGGGCGGAGCCAACCCUCAGUCAGCCAAUGAGGCACAGUGUUUGAGUCAAUUGCUCCAGCCCACAGUGCAAGCACCGGAAGGCACCGGUGAGGAGGUAAAUAUGGAAGGUAUUUUCAGGCUGAAACCAGCGAGAGCUCAUCUACUGCAGAAGCUUGAGGGCCUGGAGCGGCAGCACCACAGUGCCCACGGUGUCCUGGAGGAGCUGUGUGUGCUGCAGGAACAGCUGGAGAAGGUGGAGGCAGAGAGGGUCAGGCUCCAGGUGGCCAUCCAGAACCUGCUGGAGACGCCCCAGCUGGAGACAGAGAAUUUUGGGGCUGAGAAGCCGCUCUCCCCAAAGUCACGGGACUCGGAGCCGGAGUUUGUCUCUGCCCUGGAAGAUUACAUGUCCCAGGGUGACUGCGACUCGCUCCGUACCCCCCUCAGUCAGGGGAACCUGCAUGCCUGGUGGGCUCUGCAGGGGCAGCUGGGAGACCGAAUUCUCACACCUCAGAGGAUGGAGAUGUCGGAAUCGGACAGUGUGGACAUGCAGAGCUUAUACUCACUCCUGGUCCCUAUUGAUCAGUUUGACGCUCUCACAAAUGACAGUGAAGACCAACAGAAGACCGUCUGUGAGUCCCAGGCUUCUGCUGCAGCCUCCAGCUUGGCAAAAGAGGGCAGGUGUGUUGGCCCAAUGGGGACAAAUGAUAGUGUGGAGGAGCUGGGGGACAUGGGGGAGCUGAGGCAGAGGUUACAGGGCCUGGAGAAAGAGCUGGCUCAGGCCUUGAUGGAACUGAAUGAGUUAAGAAGUCAGGUGCCAGGUGGACUUGUGUUUGCCAGUGAAAACCGGAAAGUAGAGCAGUGUCGAGGAGAUAAGGUGCCUGCUGAAAAUAUAGAUUGGAAUGGAGAAGAUGGGAGAGAUGGUGGCGAGGAGAGGGAGGAGACUGAGGAGGAACUAAAGCCAGAGGUGAAACUGGAUGAAAAGUAUGAGGAGCCAGAGGUGCAGUUGGACAAGCCGAAGGAGCAGCAUAAUGUGCAGCUAGAAGAAAAAGAGGAGCUGGAGAGUGAUCUGAACAAGAAAAAGGAGGGAUUACGUGUAGAGUUACACAAGAAGGAGAGAGAGCCAGAAAGUGAGCUGAGCAGGAAUGAGGAGUCAGAGGUGCAGCCAGAAAAGAAAGAUGAGGAAUCAGAGGUGCAACUGAACAAGAAAGAGGAGGAGUCAAAGGUGCAUUUGGGCAAUAAAGAGGAGGAACCAGAGGUGAAGAUAGACAAGAAAGAGGAGGAGUCAAAGGCUCAGCUAGACGUGAAAGGGGAGGAGCUAGAAUUUGAGAAAGAGGGGGAGCCAAAGGUGCAGCUAGCCAAGAAAGACGAACAGUUAAAUCUGAUCAAGGGAGAGGAGGAGCCAGAGGUACAGCUGGAAAAGAAAGAGGAGGAGUCAAAGGUACAUCUAGACAAGAAAGAGGACCCAGAAAUGAAACUGGACAAAAAAGAGGAGGAGGUAAAGGUGGAUCUGGACAAGAAAGAGGAGGAGUCAAGGAUACAUUUGGGAAAGAAAGAGGAGGAGUCCGUACAUCUGGACAAGAAAGAGGACCCAGAAAUGAAACUGGACAAAAAAGAGGAGGAGGUAAAGGUGGAUCUGGACAAGAAAGAGGAGGAGUCAAAGGUACAUCUGGACAAGAAAGAGGAGGAAUCAGAGAUGAGGCUGGACAAAAAAGAGAAGGAGGCAAAGGUACAUCUGGACAAGAAAGAGGAGGAGCUAGAGAUGAAGUUGGACAAGAAAGAGGAGGAGUCAAAGGUACAUCUGGACAAGAAGGAGGAGGAGCUAGAGAUGAAGCUGGACAAAAAAGAGGAGGAGGCAAAGGUACAUCUGGACAAGAAAGAGGAGGAGCUAGAGAUGAAGCUGGACAAAAAAGAGGAGGAGGCAAUGGUACAUCUGGACAAGAAAGAGGAGGAGCUAGCGAUGACGUUGGACAAGAAAGAAGAGGAGUCAAAGGUACAACUGGACAAGAAAGAGGAGGAGCUAGAGAUGACGUUGGACAAUAAAGAGGAGGAGUCAAAGGUACAGCUGGACAAGAAAGAGGAGGAGUCCGUACAUCUGAACAAGAAAGAGGAGGAACCAGAGGUGAAGCUGGACAAGAAAGAGGGAGACAGAGGUGAAGGUGAACACGAAACUGAGGUGCAAUUAGGCAAGAGAGAGGAGGAGACAGAGGCUAUACUGCUUAAGAAAGGGGUAGACAGAGAGGCUCUGACGAAGAGGGGAGGAGAAACUGAAGGGGAUGCUGUAACUGGCAGCCAGCAGGAAGUGGAGCAGCAGGGUGUGGUGCAGGUAGGGUUAGAUAUGCUGAGGCUCACCUUUAGUCUACAGCUGGAGCAGGUUGCCCGGGAACGGGCCGAGGCAGCCAAUCAGCUCAGUGAGGCUCUUUUGGAGCUAAAGAGGCUACAGCGUCUGCCUGCUGGAGACAAGGAAGAUUGCUGCACCCAGACUUCAUUGGGUUGGGCUGAUAUUACAGUGAAGGAGGAAUUAAUCAUGCAACAGGAGGUGAAUAAUUGCUUAUGCAGACAGCAAGAUGUCCCGCAUACCUCCCAGCACCAGGAGGCGCUGUCUAAAUUUACCGAUGAACUUGCCAAAGUAGCCUGUGAGCUCCAAGUGGAGAGAGCCCUUCGCCAGGAUGCUGACCAAGAAAAAUCCAGGUUACAGGCUGAACUGCAAGCCAUCCAGCGAGAUAUGAUAUCCAGAGAAGAGCACAAGAAAGUCAAGUUGGCCCUGCAGCGUUCCCUAGAGGCAAAUGAGAGCAGUGUACGAGAGGCGCAACAGGCCCAGAGAGAUGGCCAGCAGGGGGCGGCGGCCUGGGAGCAACACGAGGUUCUGUGUAACAUGCUGCGGGGCCAGAUCAGCAGCCUCACCGCUCGGCUGAACAAUCUCUCACGCAAGCACCAGAACACCUGCAGCCAGGUGCUGAGGGUGCAGAGGGAGGCUCUGUUCAGCAAGGCUGCGCGGCAGGCAGCUGAGGCCCAGCUGUCCAUUUCAAGGCAGCACCUGGCAUACCUGAGAACCCAGUCUGACCAGCUGGGGGCAGCCAGGGAGGGCGGCGGGCUCCCAGACCUUUCCCCGGAGAUCCUCUACGGGAGUCUUCCUCUGACACUCGUCCUUCCCGCGUCACCUUGCUCCGACCAGCAGGUGGCACCAAAGAGCAGAGUAGCCGCUUUGAAACGGCAGCUCCAGGACUGGGAGGAGAAGCAUCGUGCGGUGGUGUCCGUGUAUCGUGCACACCUUCUGGCAGCUGUUCAGGGCCGCAUGGACGAAGAGGUGCAGGCCCUGCUACUGCAGAUCCUGAGGAUGACCCAGACUGAACCGGACCACUGAGAAGACGCAGAGUCCCACCCCGGGCCCCCACCCAUCCAGGAUGUCUGCUGGACUUCUGUACUGGGAAUCUGUAUUGCGUGUCAUACACAACCCUAACCUUUCUGCUCCACAUGUGGACUGGUCCAGGAUGGGAAUCACUUAGCUCUGUAGUUGUCGCAUUAGGCUGUGGAAAUGACAUAACGACCUAGACGCUGAAUUACAAUUUAGACCAGGAAUAGGGGCGGAGUCAGACCAAGACUUCUGCCAACAUUCUGUCAUUUUAUGUCCAGAUAACACUUAAUACUUUCACUUCUGUCUAUCGGGAUCAAUAGGUCCCUUCAAUAAACGAGAAGUGAGUCUG